CUUCUCAGAGGAAGAUAUAUUUACGUACGAUGGGGAGCAGUGCUCAAUUAUACAGUUUAUCUUGGGGUGAAUUUAGCACGUCGCUAACUUCAGCAGUGCAAUUACUUAGAGGACAUGGUGAUCUUGUCGAUGUAACAUUGGCGGCUGGUGGUCGUACUUAUCCAGCACACAAAAUAGUUCUCUCGGCUGCCAGUCCUUUUUUAUUAAACUUGCUCAAGAGUACACCAUGUGAACAUCCAGUUGUUUUGCUUGCUGGAGUAAGCUCUGACGAUUUAGAAUCUUUGUUAGAAUUUGUUUAUAAAGGUGAAGUGAGUGUUGAACCUUCACAAUUGCCUUCAUUGCUACAAGCAGCACAUUGUUUGAGUAUUAAUGGACUCGCAUCUCCGACAAUAUUAACUGAAAAUGGUGAAGAAGUUCCUCCUACAGCAAUACCAACAGUUACUGAACCAGUAACACGGGAAAUAAUGAAUUCAAGUAUUCCAAUAAAUCGUCGAAAAAAGAGAAGAAGAAAAUCAUCAUCUUCAUCUGGUAAAUGGGCAAAAAUAGAUACAGCGACUGAUACUGAGGAUCGACAUGAUGGUCAUGGUGAUGACGAUAGAACUACCGAUUGUGAUCAAAAAAAUGAGGAGACUAGUGUUAAUGCCGACGAUGCAAGCGAGCGGUCAAAAUUUUCUAAUCACCGGACAACCAACGACUGGAUCACAAGCACAGGAGCACACAUACCAUCGUCAUUAACAGUCACGGAGGUUCAAACAGCACUAACGGCGGAUAAUUUCACUGAUAUAAAACCUUCACUACAAACAUUAAUGGCCAUGCAACAACAGUACUCAUCAUUGCACAUUCCUACAUUUUCCGGGUCACUCAGCAUGGCUUUACCAGGUUUUCCAUUACCAACAACAAGUUCAUCAACACUAAAAGUCCGUGGUGCAUCUGAUUGUCCAGGAAUUUGUCCGCUCUGUGGAGCAACGUUACGACAAGCAAGAAAUCUACGCAGGCAUUUAUUGUCAUCAUGCAAGUAUCGACUGAAUAGUUUUCACACGUUACAACAAUCGACUGACCAUGUUGUAGUGGAUAUUGAACCGAAAAUAGAAAUAGGUGCAUUUAGCGGACAAAAUCAUGGCAAUGAUAGCGGUGAAAAUGGACAUUCCAAAGGUAAAAGUGUAUCUGACCAACCAACCAAAUGUCCAUUGUGCGGUGCAAUUUUACGUCAAUCUCGAAACCUCCGUCGUCACCUUGAACUCCUUCAUUUUGGUGCUGGAAAUAAUAACAAACCGACGGUGCGUAUACGACGGCGUAAACAUGAUUUUCAAUCACCAACAAUGGUACCUCGUAUCCAUCAAAGUCAAUUGAGAACGGCAAUCACAAAUGACAAUUCUGAUUUUUCAUCACUCAAUCCACUAUCUCUCACCUCAACUGUCAGCUCACUGUCUUCUAAUUUUCCUGGUAACAUUUUGACACCUGGAUCUGAGGUUCAUCCACGAAGUGAACCAAUUACCGCUGCUAAUCCACUAGUCCUGGGACCACCAAACAAUGGACUUUAUUCAUCGGAAAAUAGUGCAAGUAUGCUGAAUUUAUUGCCAAAUUUGCCGUCAUUAUCAACGUUGCCAUCGCCUCACGAUGUUUUUUUACAUGAAGAAAUGUUACGAGCGGGUGCCGCUGCUUAUCAUGAUUCUUCAAGGCAACAUAUUAAACAUAUGCUACGUGAAAAUGUUACU